AUGAAUCAACCCAGCCCAGAAAUCAUCGACACCACGCUGCAAGUCAGCGCUCUAGUCGACUGGCUCCAAACCCACCACAACCCAUCAAACCCAUCAUCGCCCAUUAUAUAUCUUGAUCUCGAAGGCGUACCCUUAUCCCGCUCAGGCUCCAUUUCCAUUCUAACCAUCUUCCUUCCGUCCUCCGCACGUAUCUUUCUCAUCGACAUGCACACACUCGGCGCACUGGCCUUCACCACCCCCAGUUCCCAGGGCAAAACGCUCAAGCAUGUUCUUGAAGACAGUCAGAUCACCAAGGUCUUCUUCGACGUACGCAAUGAUUCCGACGCGUUGUACGCGCACUAUGGCGUUGCGCUGCAGUGCGUCGAAGACGUGCAGCUUAUGGAGAGCGCGGCGCGCGAAAAGACUGCGUUACGCAGGACAGUCAUAGGGCUGGCGAGGUGCGUGGAGAAGAAUUGCAGCGCCACGUCUACCUGGCAAGCUGCGAAAUCAAGGGGCGAAAAGUUGUUUAAGCCUGAGCUGGGUGGGUCGUAUGAGGUGUUCAAUCAGCGCCCGAUUCCCGCUGACAUUGUCGCGUAUUGUGCCGGUGACGUGGGAUGUCUGGUGCAAUUAAGAGAGGUGUUUUGUCAGGGGAAGGGGCAGGAGUGGCGGGAUUUGGUGAGGGAUGAAGCGGGCAGACGCGUUGCUGAGUCACAGAGAGCGGAUUAUAGGCCACAUGGGCGGGAGAAAGCGUUAGCGCCGUGGAAGGCGGAGCAGAAUGCGAGAUUUGAUGAGUUGAAUGGUGAAGGUGGCAUGACUAUCAAUGAGGAAAUGAGCAUUUCGGUCGUUUGGAUAUUGGACUGA